AGGGUGUUUCUGAUUUUGUGAGGGCAGCAUUCUUAUUUACUCUCUCUCGUCUAUUCUUUUUCUUCUCAAAGUCUGAGCCAGCAGAGAAAGCAAUCUCAAAGCAGAGAGAGACUCAGAAAGAGACAGCAAUGGAAGAUCUCCCACCUGGUUACCGUCCCAACGUCGGCGUUUGUCUCAUUAACUCAGAUAACCUGGUUUUUGUUGGAUCAAGAUUGAAUGUUCCCGGAGCAUGGCAGAUGCCUCAGGGCGGUAUUGAAGAUGGUGAAGAACCCAAAUCAGCAGCUAUUAGGGAACUACGAGAAGAGACUGGGGUAGUGUCUGCUGAAAUUAUAGCCGAGGUUCCGAAUUGGUUGACAUAUGACUUCCCACCUGCCGUGAAGACCAAAGUUAAUCGCCUUUGGGGAGGUGAAUGGCAUGGGCAAGCACAAAAAUGGUUUCUUAUGAGAUUCACAAAGGAUGAGAGUGAGAUCAACUUAGAUACUGGGGAAGCUGAUGCAGAGUUUGCAGAGUGGAAAUGGGCGAGCCCUGAAGAAGUUAUCGAGCAGGCAGCGGACUACAAGAGGCCAACAUAUGAGGAAGUUAUGAAGACCUUCAAACCUUAUUUGGACGGAAACACUUUAUCUGCAAAAUGUAAAUCAACAAAAUGGUGAAUCUUGUGGGUGUGAUUGUGUAGUUAGAAGUCCAUCUUAUUAACUCAUUUUACCUGAAACUUGGAUAAAGUAAAGUAGGACUCUUGCUUUUGUACAUGAGAAUGAGAGAACUUCAAGUUAGAUCUUUGCAUUGUUGUUGGUAUUUUGUAACAAUAAAGUCUUUGUGGAAUGACAUAUUUGCUCCAAUCUCCAGCGGGUUUUGCCUAGAAUGGCGAUUGCAGAAUGCAGUGUAUCAAAGCUUAAUGG